AGGCCAAGGGCACAAAAGGGGACUCUGGGCUCAGGCCCAGUGUCAGUUACCUGAUCACGAGAGGAGAAGGAAGAGGAGGGACAGCCCCCCUCUUGCAAGCGCCUCUCGAUUCUUUUGAACAGAGAGUGGAGGAGCACCUGGAAGAGACCUUGGUGUUCCUCAACCAGACGACAGGAGACGGCAGAGAGAGACCGGGCUCACACAGGGCUGACCAGCGAGUCAGGGGGCUCUACGCCUCAGGGCUCUGGCCCUGUGUUGCAAACUAGUCUCACUUCUGCCUCAGAACCAGUGAAGGAGCACCUGGAAGAGACCUUGGUGUUCCAACGACAGGGACCCACUACUGACAGUCACCAUGUCAGACAGGAAGGAGAAGCCCCUUGAAGGGAGGGAGCAAGCAUGCCUGCUAUGUCAGCGAUCAGAGGCUGACCCGGACAUCUGCGGGGAAAAACUCCAGAAACAUGGGAUCUGUGCCCACGUGUUCUGCCUGUAUUUUGCCAGCCUUCUUGAUCAGCAAGAGAAUGAAAGAGUAGGACUCCAGGGCUUUCUCCCAAGGGAUAUCCUACAUGCAGUCAAGCGGGCGGCACAGAAGGUGAGAGCCUGACAAGAGCAGGGAGAUUUGUGCCAGGCGAGGUUUGCUGGAGCUUAGCC